AUGACAGACUCAGAAUCUCGGAAACGAGCUGUCGACUCGCCUAAAGUCUGGACGAGUCUUAUCACGAACCUGGAUUACUUGCCCGGUCUUCUCACCCUCGAACAUUCUCUUCGCGUCGCCAAAUCUCGCUACCCUCUUGUGGCGUUGUAUACCGAUUCGUUCCCACCUGAAGGUCACGCAGCUCUCCGUGCUCGUGGCAUUGCCGUUCAGCACAUUCCAUACUUGCUACCAACUAAAGGCAAGGAUUACUCCAAUGACCCACGGUUUUACGAUUGUUGGAGCAAGCUUGCGCCUUUCUCUUUGGUUGAAUACGAGCGCGUCGUCCAGCUCGACUCGGACAUGCUUGUUUUGCGCAAUAUGGACGAGCUGAUGGAUCUCGAGCUGGAUCCUCCUUCGAUUGCUGAGACUGGUGAUAAGACCGUCAGCAAGCGUGUCUUUGCAGCCGGUCAUGCCUGUGUAUGCAAUCCCCUCAAAAAGCCUCACUACCCAAAGGACUGGGUUCCUGAGAAUUGUGCAUUUACCUCACAACACUCGAAUCCCGAUGCCGCGCAAACUGAGGCUGCUGAUCCCUCAGUCGGACCCUUGGGCUUUAUGAACGGUGGUUUGCAGGUCGUCAAUCCUUCUCAGGGCCUCUAUGCGCAAAUUCUGGCGCAUAUGGAAGCUGACGCCGCCAAUAUGGAUUUUGCAGACCAGUCACUUCUCUCAGACUUGUAUCGUGAGCGAUGGGUUCCUUUGCCGUACAUUUAUAACGCGCUCAAGACGCUACGAUGGAAAGGAGUCCAUGAUGCUAUUUGGAGGGAUGAGAGCGUCAAGAACAUCCACUAUAUCUUAAGCCCCAAACCUUGGGAUGAGAUUAACGAGAAGGGUGAGUGGACGGGUAAAGAAGAGAGUCACAAGUGGUGGGUUGAUGCGAACCGUGUCAGAAAAGAGUCGGAGAAGGAGAAUGGCGUCCCUGACGAUGGCUUUUAA